GCAGAUCUUCAGACGCCGUUGGUAACAUUUUCCCAGCAUUCCUUUCGGGUGGCCUUUUCCUCCAUUUUUGCGACAGAUUCAGGUUAACUUAGCCUGGUCAAAGCAGCAUCAUCAUGCCUGGAAGGCUGUGGAGUAAGGCCAUCUUUACUGGCUACAAGCGUGGUCUGAGGAACCAGCGUGAACACACUGCACUGCUCAAGCUAGAGGGAGUCUACAGCCGGCCAGAGGUUGACUUCUACCUGGGCAAACGUUGCGCUUACGUCUACAAAGCAAAAAAGACCACUGCAACUCCCGGUGGUAAACCCAACAAGACACGGGUCAUCUGGGGUAAAGUCACUCGGGCUCAUGGAAACAGCGGAAUGGUUCGCGCCAAGUUCAGCAGCAAUCUUCCCGCCAAGGCUAUUGGGCACAGGAUUCGUGUGAUGCUGUACCCAUCCCGAGUGUAAUAUGCUUUUGUGUACAGACAAUAAAAAAAUUGAUCGAAGAAA